GUUUUCUUUGUUAUGACAUUUGCAAACACAAUAAACAUUUUGAACUGAUUAGUUCUUUUAGUUUAAUUGAAUAAAUAACUGAAUCCAAUCUUUGUGUCUUCCAAUGGAGCAGAAAUCUAAAAAUCAACUAUAUGUUAACUAUGGAGAAGAAGACCAGAUGGAAAUUGUUCCUUACAGAAUCAACAAAUGUAAAGUCUAUCUCACCUACAUUGGCUACUUCUUGACAUGUGGAGUUGUCAGACUUGUCUUAUACUGGCUCCCUUACUUAAUGCUGUGGGCAACUCAUUCCAAAUGUUCUCUUGCAAAAGCAGAGAAAAUACUUCUUGUGGAUAAAUUUCACAGUAGACAUGUGGUAACAGUGCAGACAAUGACAAGAGAAGGAACAGGUGUAAAAAUAAAGAAACCUAAAAAGGCCAUAUUUAAAAAACAUGAAAUCAACUUAAAACCAGAAAAUGACAACACUCUUAUUCGUUUUUUUGUAUGUAAGAGAGUGAAAUAUAUUUGGAACUCUGAGCUUUCAACUUACAUUCCAUUGAAAGGACUAGAUGAAGGUUACAGACAGUCCUACUUUCACAACACAGAAGGACUUACAUCCUUGGAACAAUCUAAAAGGCAUGUUCUUUAUGGAAGAAACUCUAUUGCUGUUCAUGUCACACCUAUCAUGAUACUUUUGGUCAGAGAGGUUUUCUCUCCAUUUUAUAUCUUCCAAUUGUUCUCUAUGUGUUUGUGGUAUGCUGAGGACUACUGGAUCUAUGCUACUUGCAUUUUUGUCAUGACUACAUUAUCUAUUAUACUACAGAUCUACCAGACCAGAAAAUUUGAAAGAGCUUUAAGGAACACAGUCUCAUCAACUAACAUAAAUACAGUUUUACGAAGUGAUGGAUCUUAUGAAGACAUUGCUUCAGAGGAACUUGUACCUGGGGAUGUAAUAGAGAUUCCACGCUUUGGUUGUGACAUGCAAUGUGAUGCUGUACUCAUAACUGGCAACUGUAUUGUUAAUGAGAGCAUGUUGACUGGUGAGAGUGUCCCUGUAACAAAAACACCUUUACCUAACACAACAGGCAUGAAAUCAGAGAAUGACCCAGAGGUGACUAUAAAAACUCACUCCAGACAUAUUUUAUUUUGUGGUACACAUGUUAUCCAGACAAGAUUCUAUGGCAAUCAGAAAGUGAAGGCAGUUGUACUGAGGACAGGUUUUUCCACUUCUAAGGGAGAGCUGGUGAGAUCAAUCAUGUAUCCUAAACCUGUAGACUUUAAGUUUCAACGGCACUCAUAUUACUAUGUAAUGUUUCUCUCUUUCAUUGCUAUAUUGGGCUUUAUCUACACUGUCAUACUAAUGGUGCAGAAUGAAGAAUUGGUGAGUGAUAUCAUCUUGCGUGCCCUAGAUCUGAUAACUAUAGCCAUCCCCCCUGCACUGCCUGCUGCUCUAGCAGUUGGGAUUGUUUUUUCACAGAGGCGACUUAAGGUCAAGGAUGUCUACUGUAUUAGCCCUAGGGGCAUCAAUGUGUGUGGCACAAUCAAUGCUGUAUGCUUUGAUAAGACUGGAACUUUAACAGAAGAUGGUCUAGACAUGCAUGGUGUAGUGGAAGUCAAAAACUCAAAAUUUAGCCCAAUUUUAAGAGAUACCACUCAUUUACAUAAUGGUGAUUUACUGUUUGGUAUGGCCUGCUGUCAUUCACUAACCAUCAUAGAUAAUGAAAUCAUUGGAGAUCCAAUGGAUUUAAUUAUGUUCAAUGCUACUAAUUGGAUCUUAGAAGAACCAGGUCCUGAUGAAACUCGUUUUGAUAUGAUGAUACCUACCAUUGUAAGACCUUCAACUCAACACAAAGGUUCUCUUGAUAUACUAAACAAUAUUGAACUAGGUAUUGUGCGACAGUUCCCAUUUUCCUCCUCUCUACAAAGAAUGUCAGUUGUAACCCGAAGAUUGGGAGCCAAGAACUUUGACCUCUAUGUGAAAGGGUCACCAGAAAUGAUCACAAGUCUAUCUAAACCAGAAACUAUACCACAGAAUUUCCAUCAAGUUCUACAAUCUUAUACCCAGCAUGGAUACAGAGUUAUUGCCUUAGCCUCUAAACAGCUUUCUUCCAAACUUAACUAUGUCAAAGUUCAAAGGAUAAAUAGGGAACAAGUGGAGCAUAAUUUAACAUUCCUAGGUCUCCUAGUCAUGGAGAAUCGUCUAAAGCCCCAGUCAGCACCUGUUAUAUGUGAACUGAAUGAUGCAGACAUACGAACUAUUAUGGUCACAGGUGAUAACAUGCUAACAGCUCUAAGUGUUGCCCGGGAAUGUAAAAUGGUGGAUCUUGGUGAACGCAUUAUAUUGGUACAGGCCUACCCUCCACAAGCUGGUCAGUCAGAAGUUUCUCUAGAGUUUGUCUAUGCUGAUGAUGCUAACACUAAAGUGGAACAAGCAUUCACACUGCAAGAGCAUAAAAUCCAAAUGAUUGAGGACCAUCAGCGUUUUCAUUUUGCCCUAACUGGAAAAACGUGGGCAGUUAUACGUCAGUAUCGCCCUGAUCUAUUAGAAAAAAUAGUGGUCAAAGGUACAGUGUUUGCCCGUAUGGGUCCAGAUCAAAAAGGUCAACUUGUUCAAGUUUUGCAAGAUGUAGGAUAUUAUGUAGGUAUGUGUGGAGAUGGGGCCAAUGACUGUGGUGCACUAAAGACUGCUCAUAUGGGAAUAUCUUUAUCUGAAGCUGAAGCAUCAGUAGCCUCCCCUUUCACUUCAAAGACUCCAAACAUUGAAUGUGUUCCUAAUGUUAUUAAAGAAGGUCGCGCUGCCCUGGUGACAUCAUUUGGUGUUUUCAAGUAUAUGGCAUGUUACAGUUUAACACAGUUUAUUUCAGUUCUGAUUCUGUAUUGGAUUGAUGCCAACUUGACUGAUCCAGAAUUUUUAUAUGUUGAUUUCUUUCUUAUCACAACAUUCAGUAUUUCAUUCAGCCAGACUGGUCCGUAUGAUGAAUUAGUAGUUGAUAGACCAUUGGUUAGUUUACUUAGUCCUAGCCCAAUCCUCAGCAUCCUGACUCAGAUGACUUAUGUUACUGCCUUUCAGACAUUCAUGUACUUCUAUGUUCAAGCACAGCCAUGGUUCAUUCCUUUUGUGGAUAAUGAUGAGGAAGAUUACAAUUGCCAAGAAAAUGCUGCUGUUUUCUUGAUUUCUGCCUAUCAGUAUAUCACAUUAGCUGUUGUGUUUGCUAAAGGGGCACCUUUCAGGAAAUCUAUUUUCUCAAAUUGGUGGCUGAUUUUAAAUUUAAUAGUAGCUAUUGGAGCAACAGCAUGGAUCAACAUUUACCCAACAGAGAACUUUGCUGAUUUACUAGAACUGAAUGUGUUACCUUCAAUCAAAUACAGAUCAUUUAUUAUUGGCUUGGCAUUCAUACAGUUUGUUUUGGCUUAUAUUACAGAGAAAUUCCUCAUCGACAAUGAAUCUCUAAGGCGCAAAUUAUCAUCCUGUUUGAAAGGAUGUUCCCAAGACCUAGCAUAUCACAAGAUUGAAUCAGACAUUGAAGGAGAUCCAAACUGGCCUCCAGUCUCUGAUAAACAGGUUGAUCUUGCUGAGAUGUUCCAACGUCUUGAAAGCCUCCAUCAAGGAUCUCAAAAUAUUGAAGAACUGAAAAGUUCUUUGGAGGACAUUUUAGAUCAAGAGGAAGAAGAGGAAAGUAAUGAAAAGAUUGACAAGACACAACUCAGAUAUAAGUCUUCAUCAGACUUGGAGGAAUUGCAUGGCAAAAACAGACAUGGCACAGAGAACAAGGCAUUUAUUGACUCUGAAACUGGCUACAAUACAAUGUUAUGAUGAGGUGGUUGGCAGAUACAGAUGUGAAGCUUGUGUGGUGUAAUUUGUGUGUGUGUGUAUGAAAGAUGGCUUUCUUAUAUGCAUUCUUCAGAUAUGACAUGUAUAGUGUAAAUUUAUAUUAUAGUAGCUUGUAACAUUUUCUUGGUUGAAUUAUUGUCAUUACAUAAUAAAUAAUCCCCUAAACAUUCAAAAAGUCUAAUGUUUAAACUAUUCCAAUGUAUAGGUUUAUUUAAUUAGACUUUCUACUUGCUGGCUUUAGUUAUUCUAGUUCUAUUGUCUUUUUCUAUUGAACAUUAUUCUUGUUAAGUUAUCACUAUAACAUAUCUCCCAGCCUUGCUUUCUCUACCUGCCUGUCUCUCUUCCUUUUCCCUAGUUCCUUACAUAGAGUGCAAUUUUAUGAAUAUGUAACUUAGCCUUACUACUGAAGUUUGUUUUCUAUGAUUUGGAGUGAGUCAGGUAUUGAGCUUUUUGUUAUUGUUGCUUUUUUAUGACUCUUGAGUUUUAUUCUUGUCUUGAAAUUGUUUAUAUAUAAGAAUUUUAAUAUUAUUAAAUUAAAAUUUAAAAAAAUGCAUUUUUAUUGAAUCAAUAUUCAAAUCCGACAACACACCAUUCCAAAUUAAGAGAUUAGGACUGUCUUACCACAAGGUUUAAUACAAGUUCAUUGAACUUUGAAAGAGAAUAAAUCAAAGGGAGAACACAAAGCAUCACUUUCCACAAUAAUAUAAACACUAUGUGCCACGAAAAAAAAAACUAGUAACCUAGUACAAGCAACUGAGAUACUGCUAUCUCUUAUUUUAAAGAUUAUUUGAAAAAUGAUUGAGUAUUUAUCACAAUUCUUUGUUUAUUGGAAUUCAAGAUUUAAUGAACAUCCACAAUUUCAUUCAAGUAUGAGAAUACAAUGUCACUGGACAAAGUGCUUAAAACAAUAUGAAGAUUUUGUGUAAUUCAAUAAUUAAUUUUGAUCUGAUAGAGAAGUUGCUCAGAAAGCCUGCAAAUUGAGUCAGCAACUUGAACUACAGUUCAUUGGUUUUGUGUAGUUUAUCAUCAAACUCUACAUUAAUACACUUAAUGUAAACAAGUCCAGAAUGUAAAAAUACGAAAUAAAAAUGACAGGAAUAUUUA